GGUUUACCCCCGCCCACUGCGUCAGCGUCUUCCUUUCGCCGCCCGACGCCGCCGAGGUCGCACGCGUGAGGUCUGUUCACCGGAGCCGACAUGCGCUACGUCGCCUCUUAUCUGCUGGCCGCCCUCGGGGGCAACUCUUCUCCUACCGCCAAAGACAUCAAGAAAAUACUAGACAGCGUGGGCAUCGAGGCGGACGAUGACCGGCUCAACAAGGUCAUUAGUGAGCUGAACGGAAAAAACAUUGAGGAUGUCAUCGCUCAGGGAGUUGGCAAGCUGGCCAGUGUUCCUGCUGGUGGGGCUGUGGCUGUUUCUGCUGCCCCUGGCUCUGCAGCUCCUGCUGCUGGUUCUGCCCCUGCUGCAGCCGAGGAGAAGAAAGACGAGAAGAAGGAAGAGUCUGAGGAGUCGGAUGAUGACAUGGGAUUUGGCUUGUUUGAUUAAAUCCCUGCUCCCCUGCAAAUAAAGCCUUUUUAUGUAUCUUGA